AUGAAGGAGAAUCCCGUCCUCUUUGAUAUGACAGUGGAUGAGGAUCUCGAGAAACUCCAAGUGGAGAAAGAGAAAGACGACGAGGAGAAGCAGAACAAGGACUUGGAAGACAAUGCCAAGGAGGACACUUUGGUCCUCCGAAAGCGGAUCGAGGAAGUCAAGAUGAACGAGCGCAUUCGUGCCGUUACGGAGUUGCUGUAUCUGAAGGUAUGCCGCAAGUUUCAGCAGCUGCAAGUGCCCUUGAUACCGCAGCUGAAAGAGGGUGGUGACGUGCGGUUUGGAAAUGUUGACCUCAAGGGUCUUACCACGGACAUCUAUUCUGCAGAUGCCCUGGAGCUCGUGCGCGACCACCUCUUCCGAAUCAUUGGCCAGCAAGGAGGCAAUCCAUCUUUUGCUGGAGGAAUGGGUGUCGUGCAGAUUGCCUUGUUUCAGGCUGGUCAGGUUUAUGCAAUGUCAGCUAUGUUUGGCUAUUACCUCCGUCGCGUGGAUCAAAGGUAUCAACUCGAGAAGCUGGCCGGUACAUUUGGUGCAUGGGGAGAGGCAAGCGAAGAAACGUCCAAUCCUUUCUCAGAGGAUCCUGGGGCUGCGGACUCCCUGAAAGGCUACAUCAGCUCUUUUGGUCCGGAUGAAGUCCAAAGUAUGUGGGCUGUGACUUCUGCAGAAGCACAGUUAGCCAUGGAAAUGCAGGUCACUGCUCUUUUUGGUGAUCUGCGUGCUUUGAAAGAGAAGUUGGUCAAUGCACUGGGCAUGGUCAAUUCGCCAGAAGAGGCAACCAUGAAGCUGGAGAAGGCCAUUAAGUCCAAGGAGGUGGAGUCCCUGCGCAUCACAAGCGAUGACUUGCGUAGAUUGGUGCUGGAGGCGGUUGCCUUUGGAUCAUUGCUGAAUGACUCCGAGAAACAGUUCGACACCCUUUACGAGCUCACGCCGGCCUCUAGCCGGGUGAUGGGCCUGCUCACGGGCGACGACGAAGAAGGGCGAAUGCUGCCAGAGUGA